AUGGCAAUUAUGAAGAUCCUCAUGAUGUUAGUGGUGGCUGCAAUUUUAUUUUGCAGCCACCACCAAGUGAUCAUGGCGAAAGAAGUCGCCUUGGUCGAUGAGGGAAAUGAGUCACUAGGCUCAUCCCCAUUUGAUUUUCUAUGUCAACAUUUGUCGUGGCCGUAUCCUUGGCCACAACCAUGCCAUCCUCCAAGGCCAAGGCCACGACCACGACCUAGACCUAGACCUAGACCUAGACCACGACCAUGCUCACCACCACCUCCACCACCGAGCUCACCGCCACCUCCACCACCAAGAUCACCACCACCUCCACCACCAAGAUCACCACCACCUCCCUCCCCGGCAACGACUUGCUCGGCUAGUGACCAACAACAAGUGAAGACAUGCAUGUUUGAGACAACUUCAAUCGAUGCAUGUUGCCCGAUAUUCAGGAAAAUACUUGGAACUAGUUGUCCUUGCUAUAAGUAUGCUGAGGAUUUGGACAAUCAAAUCUUGAUCACUCUCGAAGCUUAUUGUGAUGUCAGUACCCCAUGCAAGGGUGUGCAAAUGAUUAACCUAUCCAAGGAUGAGUAA